AUGACGGUGAGUGAAGAACAGAAAUGGAGCCCCAGAAAGCCAAAGGACCCGCUAACAGAAUCAAAUGGCCAAAACACGGCGACCGUUUUCAGCCCAAGGUUCAAAUCCGCUGCUGCUAUGGCUGGUUGGGAUGAAGAAGCGCUCAUAUUGGCUAGCCUUAUCGUUGAAGACACGCCAGAUAGAGAUUCCAAGCACAAAAAACGCUAUAUUUUGAACUCCAAAACCCCACCCACCAAUUCAACAAGGAAGCGCAGAGCUCAGAGGAGUCCACAAACAAUUCCAGUUGUUGUUCUUGAUCUUGAUGGAGAAGAAACUCCCAGAAAAGAUAGUGGGAAAAAGAAGAAAGAAAAGAAAGCUGGUGUGAAUGAAGGAAGCAAAACAGGAGGAGGAGGGGUUGGGAAUGAAUUGACAGAGAAGAACCCGGGUGUCUUUCCUCCUAGUUCUGCCCUUCCCUGUAUUGAUAAACUCAGGGAAGAGCUUUCAUGUGCAAUUUGUUUGGAGAUAUGCUUUGAGCCAAGUACCACUCCUUGUGGUCACAGCUUUUGUAGAAAAUGUCUACGGUCUGCUGCAGACAAAUGUGGCAAAAGGUGUCCAAAAUGCAGCAAUGGACGAUCUUGCACUGUGAACACAGUUCUGUGGAACACAAUACAGCUCCUGUUUCCCCGAGAAAUUGAAGCAAGGAAAACAGCUGGUGCCUUGAAUAGUAGACAACAAGCUCAGUGUCUGAGUCCAGAAACAGCAUUCUAUAAUAACAUAAGAAAUAGAAGCACACAACCAGCUGGGGCGUCAAGCAGAGGCAUGAGUUCAAGGAGGAGUGAGGCAGCAACAACAACAACACAGGAAGAUGAGGAUGCUGCAUUGGCUAGAAGGUUGCAGAGAGAACUUGAUGGACAAAGCCAGGGAACAACUCAUCGGGUUCAUACCAAUUCAAGGAACCAAAACCAAUCAUCAUCAUCAUCAUAUGUAAGAGUGAGGACAAGAAGAGGGGUUUCUACAAGCCAAAAUGAGGAUACUGCUUUGGCUCUUAGGUUACAGAGAGAAGAGUUCAUGCAAGCUUAUAGAGGGAGCCAGGAACAGUCUAACAUGCUACCUUCCGCAUCAUUAGCUAGAGCAAAUUUGAGGGCCAUGGCUUCUAGAGCCAUGAAUCUUCGUAUCAGAGAUAAAAGAAUAUAA